AUUGUGCUUUGAGCUGUAAUUUUGACCUUGACCUGUGCAGUUGGACACAAUCUAAGACAGAUGAUUUGGACUGGAAGCGCAUCAGUGGAUCAACACCAUCAGCUCUUACAGGGCCUUCUUAUGAUCACACCAGUGCAGGUGGUUACUACAUCUAUAUUGAAGGCAAUGAAGGCAACGAAGGAGACAAAGCCCAACUGGUCAGUGCUCUGUGUGAUAAGACAGGGGAUAGGUGCUUGCGGUUCUGGUAUCACAUGUAUGGAGUGGCCCAGAGCAUGGCUUUGAAUGUUUACCAGCUUGAAGUUGGGCUUCCCCCAAUACUGAUGUGGUCAGACAGAGGAAAUAAGGGAAACCAGUGGAUCGCAGCAGCAGUGGACCUACACCUGUCUGGAAAAUCUCAGAUUCUCAUUGAAGCAGUCCGGGGCAAUGACUAUCGUAGUGAUGUCGCUGUAGAUGACAUUUCCUUCCAUUCUGGAUGUUGCGGAGACAAUUGUGACAUAACAAGCACAGUGAGCACUCCAACUCCAGCCAGUACCAUGCCUCCUGUCACAACAG